AUGAAGAAGUUGUAUGAUAAAUGGAACAUCCAGGGUUUCCUUCUCUUAAGUCUCUCAUUACAGACCAUUCUAAUUCUGCUUGCACCAUUCAGAAAGCGAACAGGGCGUGGGUUGGUAAUCUCUCUGAUUUGGCUAGCUUACUUGGUGGCCGAUUGGGUUGCUAACUUUGCAGUGGGACUUAUUUCCAACAGUCAAAAAUAUAGUGGGAUACCUAAUAAUGAUCAUGCUGACAUUCUAGCUUUUUGGGUUCCCUUUCUUUUGUUACACCUUGGUGGUCCAGAUACCAUAACUGCUUUUUCUCUGGAGGAUAAUGCCCUCUGGCGAAGGCACUUGGUUGGGCUCCUGAGCCAACUUGCUGCUACUAUUACUGUCUUCAGUCAAUCCUUUCCCAAAAACAAGUUAUGGGUUCCUACUGUCCUUGUGUUUGUUGCUGGAACCAUCAAGUAUGUUGAGCGAACUCGCGCUUUAUUUCGUGCAAACCUGGAUGAAUUCCGGGAGUCAAUGCUUAAAGCACCUGACCCAGGGCCUAACUAUGCAAAGCUUAUGGAUGAAUACUCUUCAAACAAAGAGGUUGAACUCCCAACUCGGAUACAAUUGAUACCGGAACCUAAUAAAGAAUCUCAGACUGGACGUUAUCCGCGCGAUCUCUAUGCUUUUGAGGAAGUUGAAUAUGCUUACCACUUCUUUGAAAUCUUCAAGGGUCUCAUCGUGGAUCUCAUCUUCAGUUACCGUGAGCGUCACGAGAGCCAGAUGUUUUUCUUUCAUGAAACCCCAGAAGAUGCUUUUAAAGUGCUAGCAAUUGAACUCAACUUCAUCUAUGAAGUUCUCUAUACCAAGGUUGUCGUGGUGCAUUCAAUGACUGGAUACUUGGUCCGGUUUAUAUCCUGGUGCGCGGUUGUGGCAGCCCUUUCAACCUUCUAUCCAUUAGAUAAGCAUGGUUUUCGCAAUAUCGAUGUUGGAAUUACAUAUACCUUGCUCUUUGGUGCCAUAGGAUUGGAUACAAUUGCUCUCUUUAUGAUGACUUUCUCUGAUUGGACUGCUGUUUCCUUCAGGAACUACUUGUCGAGGCAUUUUAUUAUUGCAAUAUGCUUCUGCGGCCCUCUCUCCUAUCUCUUUGGAUACAUUCUCCAUCUCAAGAAGAUAAACUGGGGGGAAGAUAUAGAAUCAAUGAAUCGCUUGGGAAGGGCUAGAAGAAUCCUAUUCCGGAGAUGGUGUGAAUCAUUACAUACAUUCAACUUGAUAGAUUAUUGUGUACAAGAACGUCCAAAAAGGAUGCCUACAUGCUUUGAUGAUUUUUGCUAUAAAUUGAUUUGGGUCAUCAAGACAUUGGGCCCUAAGGGUUUCUAUGAUCAGAUGAAUUACGUUUCCACGAAACCAUUAAAAAGAAAGCUAUGGGUUUUCAUCUUUGAUGAGUUGAAAAUGAAAUCCAAUCUCUCAGAUGAUCCUAACACUACGAAGAAGAUAUAUUCCGCCCGAGGUGAAUGGGUUCUACAAAAUAUUGAUGAAACCAUUGAGACUAGUAAGUUGAGGCAUUAUAUUGCCGACGUCGAUUAUGAUCAGAGCCUUAUAUUAUGGCAUAUUGCUACAGAACUCUGCUAUCAAGAAGACAGUAGUAAUACCGAUGAUCAUCGUGAAUUUUCUAAAAUCCUUUCAGAUUAUAUGUUACAUCUUCAAGUUAUGCAGCCUACUAUGAUGUCUGCUGUAGCAGGUAUUGGCCAAAUAAGAUUUCGUGAUACCUGUGCUGAGGCCAAAAGAUUCUUCAAUGAAAGAGGCAUCGAUCAACAUGAUUAUAAAGGGGCUUGUACUAGAAUCCUUAAAGUAAAUACUGAUGUGGAACCUGUUGCUGUGAAGGGAGACAGAAGCAAAUCUGUACUGUUUGAUGCAUGUAUUCUCGCCAAAGAGCUACAAAAGUUGGUGCAGCAUAAGAAAUGGGAACUAAUGAGUACGAUGUGGGUGGAAUUAUUGUCUUAUGCCGCAAGCCAUUGCAGGGCCAAUGCUCAUGCUGCUCAACUAAGCAAUGGAGGAGAGCUCAUCACAUUUGUUUGGUUAUUAAUGGCUCAUUUUGGCUUAGGGGAUCAGUUCCAAAUAAACAAGGGCCCGGCAAGAGCAAAAUUGAUUGUGGGUAAGUAA